AUGCCCCUCGUUCGCAAACGCCGCAACCCCGACCCCGACGAAGAAAUCUACGCCUCCUCCCCCGCCGGCCCCUCCACCCAACAAGCCCCCCGCCGCCGCCGCCGCGAAACUCAAAACACCCAAGCAGACUCCGACACAGAAUCCGCAGCAGACAGCAGUGAUGACGAUAACGAAGAUGAAGACGGCACGACCCACGCGCCAAGCAGCACAGACGUGAUGGUGAAGAAACUGGUGCGUCUGGUGCUGGCGAGCGAGUACUCGCGACAGGUUGUCCGGCGGACGGAUAUCAGCGCGAAGGUAUUGGGGGAGCAGGGCACGAGACAGUUUAAAGCGGUGUUCCAGGGCGCGCAGAAGGCGUUGCAGGAGAGGUUUGGGAUGCAGAUGGUGGAGUUGCCGGGGAAGGAAAAGGUUACUAUCAGUCAACGGAGGGCCGCGCAAAAGGUUGAAAAGCCCUCAUCGAGCAACAAAUCCUGGAUCCUAAACAGCACUCUCCCAUCGCAAUACCGCACACCCCAAAUCCUUCCCCCAACCAAAGCUCCCAUGGAAUCCACUUACACCGGCAUCUACAGCUUCAUCAUCGCCGUGAUCCUGCUUAACGGCGGCGCGCUACAGGAGUCCAAGCUAGAACGGUACCUGAAGCGCACGAACGCAGACACAUACACGCCCAUCGACCGCACGGACAAACUCCUGCAACGGCUCUGCAAGGAAGGCUACCUCAUCCGCAACCGGGAGAUGGAUGGUGGUGAGGAGAUCAUUGAGUAUAUGGUUGGGCCGCGGGGGAAGAUGGAGGUUGGGACUCAGGGGGUUGCGGGGCUGGUGAGGGAGGUUUAUGGACAGGUUGCGGAGUCAGGAGAUAUGACCGCUUUGGAGAGGGAUCGGAUGGAGGAGUUUGAGCAACAGUUGGCGAGGAGCUUGGGGAUGAGGAGAGCUGGGAGAACCGAGGCGGAGGAUGAGAAUGGAGAUGAGGAUCAAGGGAGCGGGCGAAGACAGUCAAGACGACAGGAUGAUGACGAAGAGGACGAUUGA